CGUUCCAGCCAGCUCCCUUCCAAGUCCAGUCCAGGUCCAGCCCAGUCCAACAGCCGACGCUCCACAGCACGGAGAAAGCGACCGGCGAGCAAAACCCUAGGUCCCUAGCUCAGUCGCAUCCUUCCAUGGCGCUGCCCGUCUCCGGCGGCUGCGUCGGCGGCGGCGACGCCUGCGCGCUCCUCGCCCCGUCCGCCUCCUCGCUCCGCCCGCCGCUCCGCCGCGCCGCCGGCGCCAAGGCUCACUUUUGUACCUUUCCUCAUGGAGCAUCUAGCAAUCGCAUGCUUACAAACAGCCAGCUAAUCAUUGACCGUCAAAGCUGUUCACAGAGCUCCACCCAGACCUAUGCUCUUUCAAGGAAGGAUUUUUCUCCUAUAACUCAAGAGGUGGAAGGCUUCCUUCACAAUGUUGUUAACAUGGGAUUUGUUGACCGUCUGAAAUUAGCAUGGAAGAUAAUCUUUCCUGCACCAACCAUAAAGGAAAACUCCAAUGCAAACAUUGCAAAACAGAGGCUUAAGAUGAUCCUGUUCUCAGACAGGUGUGAAGUCAGUGAUGAAGCAAAGAAAAAGAUUGUGGAGAACGUCAUUGAGGCGCUAUCUGAGUUUGUCGAGAUAGAAUCACGGGAUAACGUCCAAGUGGAUAUCUCAACUGAUGCUGGCCUUGGCACGGUGUACUCCGUUACUGUUCCCGUGCGCCGUGUGAAGCCAGAGUACCAGGAAUCUGAAGAGCAAUACAGAGGGAAAAUCGUUGGUGUCGACUUCAAGGACACUGGAGAAUCAUCUGGUAGCGUCGAUGUGACAUUCGACUUCUUUGUACCCAAUGAGAACUACUGAGUCCUUGUACUUCUAUUGGAGUGUGCUCUCCACAAUGUUUCAUUUGUUCUUUGCAUUUGUGAACCCUUUGGCUAGAAAGCUAGCAUGUUUGUUCUCUAGAGUGAUGUAAAUAUCUAGGAUCCCCCUCAGCUCCACAUUUCCUGUAACUUGAUUCUGGAACUUUGUCGUAGACCUCCCUGUGCCAGGUUCUUUGAAUAACAUAAUUCUGAUUUGGUUUA